UUAUUAAGCUAAAAAAACCGAAAAGCUCCAAGAAACGUGUUGGCGUUUUAAGUUACUUGGCCAGGAGUGAAGAAGCGCUGCAGCCCUCACAGGAAAUCCUAUAAGCUCCGUGUGUUGUAGCGCUAAUCCUGAAUCGCGCUGUUUGAAGGGAGUGACAGCGGCAGCGGCGGCACAAUGAGGGAGAGCAGCAGCGCCGAGGCAGCGGCACCACAGCAGACCCGGGCAUGACUAGAUCUGUCCUGUAUCUACAUAUUCUAAACAUUAGAUCGUCUUGCUGGCUCGGCUGCUGUGUUUUGGUGGCUUGUGUGCAGGACGAUGCAGUGAGAAUCUGAUGGUGAUGUUGGUGAAGCUCCUCCGUCUGAAGGUCUUUAGAGCUGCUGCAGAUUUGAGCUUUCUCUCCACCAGCCUUUAGCUCCUUUAUCUCCCCCUGCGAUGGAGUUCCCCUUCGACCUGAACGCCCUGUUCACGGAGACAAUCUCUGUGCUGGAUCAGAAUUUGUGUGCUGGCCGAAAACCAUACGGAAGACCUGAUGCCCAGAACCAGAUUGCCAUCGUCAUUGAUGAAUUAGGAAAGGCCUCAGCCAAGGCCCAGCAGUUGCCUGCACCAAUAACAAGUGCUGCAAAGCUCCAGUCCAACAGACACUAUCUUUACUUGCUGAAGGAUGGAGAGCGUAAUGGUGGUCGGGGUGUUGCAGUGGGAUAUCUGAAGGUUGGAUACAAGAAGCUGUUUCUGCUUGACCAGCGGGGGGCGCAUGUGGAGACAGAGCCGCUGUGUGUGCUGGACUUCUAUGUGACCGAGAACCUGCAGAGACAUGGAUAUGGACUAGAGCUUUUCCGCUUCAUGCUGGAGCACAAGAAGGUGGAGCCCGAACAGAUGGCGUAUGACAGACCUUCACCCAAAUUCCUGGCCUUUCUAGAAAAACACUUUGAACUUAAACACAGUGUGCCUCAGGUGAAUAACUUUGUGGUAUUUGAUGGCUUCUUCAGGAACAGAUCAGUGGUCCCACUGAGAAAGGUUCCCCCAAAAAAGCCAGAGGGAGAGAUCAAGCCGUACUCGCUAAUGGAGAGAGAGGUUGUGCGAGAGGAGCAGAAGGUCCUGCCGUGGCCGUUUGUCCGCUCGGCAGCCCCUCCUCCCUCGCCACCUCUGGCGGUAUCCUCCCCGUUCUCCCGCUCCCUCAGUGUGGGAUCCUCCCCCAGCCGCGGUCCUCCUCGCCCCACAGCGGCACCAGGCGUCCGGCAGGGUCCCACGCUGCACCCGCAGCCCCUCGACAACUGCAGGACAAAACGCACCAGCGAUCAGGGUUUGGUUGCCAGAAGCAACCUCUACAGUCGCCAUAUCAGCAACAGAGACCUUGGGCUCUUACUGGAGGAACAGCUGAACACCUUGAAGCUGCCAGGGCUGAAGGCAGUGCUCAGUGAGAAUGUGUGUGACACAGGGGGACAGGCAGACGCACGGGGACACACAAACACAGCAGAAAGCACACAGCUCCCGCCGCUGCCGGUUUCCAGGCCUGUUUCUAGACAGCCGGCCUCCAUAGCAGCUCCAGAGCAGAGAGAGCAGGCGACUUUAAGCAAGCAGAGCCGUGUCCAGGAGAACGGCAUGAGGACAGGGAGCGACCCCUGGCCCAGAGGAGCGGAGGAUGUGAAGAGAAACAGAGCAGCGGAGGUGGAGAGGGGGAUAGGCAGGGGCGGCUGGUCCUGGACAGUCGGAGAGAGACGCUGCACGGCCCAGUGGGUCCGACAGAAACAAGAACAUCGCAGCACGAGGCCCUGGUGACAAGGUGCACGCAAGCAUGAAGAGAGAAGCUGGAGGGAGAUCAGAGGAAAGAGGGGAACCAGAGGACAUGAGGAGCAAAACAAAGCAGGGAUUAUUUAAAAACAAAAAAGAUAAAGGGAAAGUAAAAGCUUCCCAUGCUCCCAACUAACUCAUGGAAGAAAAGGGGGUGGAAUAAAUAAUGUGAAAGAGAUAAACAGCCAUAAAUAAGCUGCACGUUUCACCACUGAGGCAGCAGCGUUUUAACUCAGUAGCUGAAUGUUUUUUGUUAUUGUAGCCAUGCAUUCAAUGCCUCAUGAAAAACAGUGUUAUGGAGAUUCAGGGACUUUUGUAUUUCCAAAUAAAUAAAAAAGUGAACGAA